AUGCUGUGUGAGCACUUGGGAUUUGAAGAGACUGCUGACAAUAAAAUUGUUAUCGGACGAUCAGGGGGUGGAGUUGAUAUUGCAACUGGGGACUUCAUAUGUUAUAACACUAUACAACCAAGUGGAACAUCCUGUUGUAUCCAUCUUCAACCUUCUAGACCACCUCGAGGAACUACAUUUCAAAUUCCAGAUGUGCAAUGUAAGUGUAUAGAGCUUUGUGUAUCAGGAUCAAAAUUUCGGUGAGCAACGCCGUAUGCACAGAAUUUCAAGUAUUUAAAUUAUAAUGUCGUAUGUUUCUCUAAAUUGAGCACAAUGUGCCUAGUUAUGCGGGAAUAUUUCGUCACGCCAAGAGAAAUGACGCAAUUUGGGGUGCCAAAAACAAUGCACUAUUGACAGCGAAUGAAACCAGUGUUUCAAUUCGAGCGUAAAUUUUAUUCAAUUAGUAGAUCUGAUCAGAAGCAGUUAGAAAAAAGGCAACUAUUUAAGGCCCAAAUCAAACUAUAGCGGCCCUGUUUCUAAGCGGAGUUAUCGCCGGAAUAAUGAAUGUGACAAACUAAAAACUAGAAAUAAUUACAGUCUACAUGUGCAAGUAGUAUUAUAAUGAACCAAAGGUGACUGUUGAUAAAUUUAUUGUAUAAAACGUCAUAUAAUUAUUCAGAAAAUUUUCCACCAGUACCACAGGGUCGAAUUUUGUAGCGAACUUGUGGUGAAAAAUUGAAAGGUUUGCAUUUUGCACAGAACUGGCCAUUUUGUAUUUAGCCAGCACGAGUGGGAGAAAUUUCACUAAAUUUUACUAACGUGAUGCCAAUGUAUAGGCGUUGAUUUACUUUAUAUCUAUUUUUACUGUAGGCAAAAUGUGUGACAAACCGCUACUCCAAGACAUAAACACUUUUCCAGAAUCCGUUUUUUCUGGCAGUGGUGAUCCACAUAAUAAUUAUGAACGUGCAAGGAUUAUUAGAGGUGGCUGGUGUCCGAGGGGUCAUGAGACUAGAUAUCUUAUGCUUGAUCUUCAGAAACAAUAUCACAUAACACAAGUUGUAGUUAUGGCUGAUACCGGACAAAGAUGGUGGAGCGGCUCAUAUUCGUUAAAAUACAGUCAUGAUAAAACAUUGGUGAAUGGUAGCAGUGCAAUACCG